UCCCUAAUAUCUACCUCCCUGCCUUGUACCCCAUUACUGAAGGGUGUUCACAACAAAGGAGCCCCCACAGAAUGGCCGCCGGCAGAAUCCUGAUCCUAGGGACCCUCUCACUGGUCAUGCUGCUCAGUCCCUGGGCAGCUUCUGAGUCCAUUGAAGCUGACCAUGUGGGCAGAUACGGCACAGCCAUGACCCAGUCCUACGGGCCUUCAGGCCAGUUUACCGAGGAGUUUGAUGAGGAUGAAUUUUUCUAUGUGGACCAGCAGAAGAAGGAGACUGUGUGGCGGCUGCCAGAAUUUAGCCAUUUUGCUGGCUUUGACCCUCAGGGAGGGCUGAGAGAAAUAGCCACAGCCGAGCACAAUCUGGACUGCCUGAUUAAACUCUCCAAUAGAACAAAGGCCAUCCCUGUGGCUCCUGAGGUGACUGUGUUCCCUGAGAGUCCUGUGGAGCUGGACCAGCCAAAUGUACUCAUCUGUUUGGUGGACAACAUCUUCCCCCCAGUGGUCAAUAUCACGUGGCUCCGUAAUGGGCAGAUAAUCACCACGGGUGUGUCUGGGACAGAAUUCUACCCUCUAUCUGAUCACAGAUUCCGCAAGUUCUACUACCUCACCUUUCUCCCCAACACAGAAGAUGUUUAUGACUGCCAAGUGGAGCACUGGGGCCUGGAGCAGCCAGUCCUCAGGCACUGGGAACCUCAGUUUCCAUCUCCACUGCCAGAAACAACAGAAACUAUGGUCUGUGCCCUUGGUCUGGCUGUGGGUCUGGUGGGCAUCAUCUUGGGCACCAUCCUAAUUAUCAAGAGCAUGUGUUCUAGCAGUAGGAUUCAACUCCAAGGGCCUCUGUGAAUCACCUGAUGGCAAGAGAGUGAGGAACUAGAAAGACCUGGGGGGAACAACUUUAUACUUCUGGAGGGAAACAAAGAACCACCCAGCCUGAACAUGCUGCAUUCUGCCAUCUCUCUGAGCACCUCACCCAUCUGUUCAUCCCUCCAUUUCAUUAUCUGGACUUCUGACUGAUGCUGCCUAAACCUUCCUGGUUUUAUCUUAAUCUCAUCAUUUAAUGUAGCAGAUAGCCCUGGUUUGAUGUCUCAUUUCCUUGUAGGCUCUCUCAAGUGACUCACCUCUGGAUCCCCACUUUUCCUGAUAUCCUCCUGAAAUGAAUAACUUUUUAAUGAUUUCAUCAAUGUCCAUGGGUUAAACUAGAUGAUGUCCAGAUACACAUUUCCAUCUCUAUCUCUUGUCUGAACUGUAGUUUCUCAUAUCAUCAACUAAUUGCCUAUUGGACCUUUCUAACUGAAUAUCCCAUAAUUAUUUCAAACUUAAUAUGUCCUAAAAUGUUAUCUUUUCCCAGACAGCUACUUUUCUUACUUAAGGGCAUCAGUACCUUUCUCAUCUUUCUCAUCUUUCACCCAGAUUCAUAAUCCCAAUUAUCUUCUACUCUUCUGUCUCCCUCACCCCUCACAUUAAAUCAGUUUUGAAAUCUUAUUGAUUCUAUCUCUACAAAAUAGCUUGUUUCUAUCACCUUCUCUCCACCAUCUAGCUAAUUACUUUAGGUCUUACUAUGGAUGACUGCAAUAGACUGCAUUACUUCUUUUUUUUAAUUCAUCUUCCACACAGCUGUCAAAUUUUCCUAAAGCCCAAGUCUCACCAUAUCUCUGCCCUCCUCAAAAAGCUCCAUUAAUGAGGGCAGCUAGAUGGCUCAGCCAGACCAGGAGACAAGAGAUCCUACUGUGACUUCAGAUACUUCCUGGUUGUGUGUGGCCCUGUGAAAGUCACUUAAUGCUCCGUGUAUAGCCCUUCCCACUCUUCUGCCUCAGAACCAAAACAUAGAAUUGAUUCUAAUAUGGAAAGUAAAAGUAAAAAAAACAAACAAACAACAAACUCCAUUAAUUCUCUACCACUUCUAGAGUAACACACAAGUGCCUAUGCCUUUAAAAGUCCUUCACAAUUGGCACUAUUUAUACUUUACAUUGUAGCCAGAGAUCUAUUUGCUAUUCUUUGUGAAGGGGUUGAGUUAUAAUGAUUCAUAAAGGUAUUAAAGACAUAUUCAAAAGCUGAUUCUAAUGAGCAAAGUGCUCAUGGACCAGACUUAUGGAUAUGUUCCUAAUAUUUCACAUGAUUGAUUUCUGACUCCUUAAAUUGGAUGGGUUUUAAAUUUUGUUGGUUUUAAAAUUUAAGCCUCUAAGAUUAAAUGCAGUUUGGAAGACUAACUAUUUGUAAAGGUCCUUUGAAAUGUCAAAGAGAUACUUUAUAUCUGAAUGAGCUUGAGCCAGUGUUCCAGUCAGGAAAGACUUUCAAAUAAGCUUCUUUCCUGGGCAACCAGCUAUACUAUAUUAUGUUGCUAUUCUGUUCCUUCAUCUUGUAAUUGAUUGUCAAUAUUAUGUUAAUACUUCUGUUGUGCCACUUGUUUGAUUGACAUCCUCACAACCUCUUCUCCCCAGAUCCUGAAUAAAAAUGGGUUCAGCUCACUCAGGUUCUCUUGCACCUGCUGAGGAAGGGCUGACUGCCUGAUAUGAUGCUGAUGAUCACUGUGUAUCUUGCGUUCCUCCCUUAAUCUUUAAAUCUCACACCCAUAUUCUCCUGAUGAUCACUGUGUAUCUUGCGUUCCUCCCUUAAUCUUUAAAUCUCACACCCAUAUUCUCCUAGCGUUUGGUUCUCCUUCUAGGUGAUUAGACCCACACAAGAACUCUGUGAAGGGGCUGGAAUCCUUCACUUUGGACAAGAUUUUUAAUCUCUGAUCAAUGGUUCAUCUAGUCUUCUUGCCUAGAAUGCCUUCACUCUCUCCUUUGUCUCAUAGAAUUCUAGCUUCCUUCAUAACUCAGUUCCUGUCCCUUCCUGAUACCACCAAGUACUAGUGCCCUUCCUCCUGGAAAGUACUUUAUAUAUCUUUUUAUGUCUUAUUUCCCAGGAAUAUAUAUUUCUUCCCCUAAUUCACUUCCCCACCCCCACUGCUGUAAGAACUUUUAGAACAGAGACUGUUCUGAGAUUUUUUUUUCAUUUCUUCAUCUUUGUAUUACCAGAUCUUGGCACAGUGCUUGACAUAUAAAUAAAUUCUUAUUACAUUGAUGCAGUUACAUACAUGUAGGCUUCUGCAUCCUUCUUGGUGGGGUUGGAUGAAGUCACUGACUAGUUAACUCUGACUUAAAGAAGUCCUUAAAUCUUAAAGAGUUAUAAAUGUGAUUAAUUGGGAUCUAGGAGAUGAGGAAUGGUAUCUAUUUACCACAGGAGGCUGUAGCAGAAUCCAGGGUUUCAGAGCUUUGCUGGCACUAGUAAGGACCAUCUGCUAAUCACUAAUAGACUGAUAGGGCAAUGCUACCUCUUCCUUAGAAAUUGUUCUGGCAUCCAGAUUCCUGGCAGAGAGGAAGUUGGAGAAAGGAAAGACAGAAGAAUUUGAUUCAGAGAAGUGAUCAGGACUAAAAAGCUUAUAUUAUUAUGCUCAAAGGAAUAAUGAACUGAAGGAAUUUCCUUUGAACUGGAAUGACCUCCAGGGAAUUGAUGUAAAGUGAAAUGAGCAGAACCAGGAGAACAUUGUACACAGAUACUGAUACACUGUGGUACAAUGGAAUGUAAUGGACUUCUCUACCAGCAGCAAUGCAAUAAUCCAGGACAAUUCUGAGGAAUUUAUGAGAAAGAAUGCUAUCCACAUCCAGAGAAAGAACUGGGAGUAGAAACACAGAAGAAAAACAACUGCUUGAUCACAUGUUUCGAUGGGGAUAUGAUUGGGGAUGUUGACUCUAAGCAAUCACCCUUAUGCAAAUAUCAAUAAUAUGGAAUUAGGUCUUGAUCAAUGGCACAUAUAACACCCAGUGGAAUUGCUUGUUGGCUACAGGAUGGGGGUGGGAGGAGGGGAGGGAAAGAACAUGAAUCAUGCAACUAUGGAAAAAUAUUCUUAAUUAAUUAAACUAAAAAAAAAAAGAAAUCACUUGAAGUAGGAAAAAAAAGAACUAAAAAGCUUAUCCUUUCUCCUCAAUUCAAUACAAUUCAAGCAUUUUGAAUAGGUAAUCAAUAAUCUAAUUACACUUAUGCUUAACUUUCAGUGGUUCCCUGUUUGCCAUCAUAUCAAAUCUAAACUGCUUGUCCACUUCCCCAUAAUCUUAACUUAAUAUGCCCAAUUAGAUGCUUUCACUCUGCUAUGCCUGACUCCCUAUACUAAUUGCCAUAUGAACACUUUUGAUCAUAUAGUCCCACUGCUUGGAAUUUCCUCUCCCCAUCUUAUUCUACUUUGUCCUGCUCAUCCCUCUAGACUCAGGCACAAUUCCACCUGCUUUCCAAAGUCUUUCCUGACUACUUUAGCCCCAACUAAGCUUUUUAGAACCAUGCAACAUGAUUUAAUAACUAAUUAUAUUUUGAAGUGUGUUAUUUUCUGCUGUUCAAUCUCAGUCUUCCUAAGAUUAUAAGCUCUCUGAUAGUGAAAUCAGGUUUUAGACUUCCAUUUUCCCCAUGGCACCUAGCAUUAAUGAGUAUAUAUAUGCCUGACUGAUGGAUUAACCCGUGUAUCUGGACAAGAAUAUCUUAACCAACAAAUCUAAACAGUACUUAUAUCUAAAACUAGGAGGGGAAAACAAAACUGAACUCUGCAUUUACUCUGUAUUUGCCUGGCUAUACACUAUGUGCCUUAUAUCCUUCUAUCACCUAUAAUAAAGUUCUUUUAAAAUUCAA